AAAAGAGUGACUUUCAGCCUCUUCCUCCUCUGGUGGCUUUUGUCACUCUUUAAGUGGGCACUGAGGCGGUACGAGUGACAUGCGUUGGUGUAGCGCAUCCAAGUUUUGCAGUGCCACAGCUAUAAAGUUGUGGACCUCAGGAGAAUAUUACCCACCCACCACUGGAUCAAGAUGCUACGGCGGAAAUCAUCCAACGCCUCGGAAAAAGAGCCGGCCCAGGUGCAAAAGAAGAAGCUGUCUCUGCAAAGGUCCAGUAGCUUCAAAGAUUUUAUGAAGCCAAAGGCAUCAUCUCCUGUAGUGAGUUCUGAAGCCACUUUAGAUGAAACGCAGUUGGAAGGUGCACCAGCGGAUUCUGGAAAAAGUAACGGGAAACUGGGAAAGAAAUGGAGAAAUGUUAUAACUCGCACAAUGACACGUAAAACGUCCAAGAUGGUACAGAAAGCCCUUGCAGAGGAAGGGAUUGAGAGUGGAGAAGAUGGCUCGAUGUCCCCCAUGUCUCCAUCUGACUGGAUGCCAGAUCUCACUGCUGGAAACAGAACAUCUGUUUGCUCCAACAGCUCAGAGGACACAAUACACAACCCUCUAUCACGUCAGCUCUCUGGAUGUGCUGACAGACAAAGUCUGGACAGCGGCUUCAGUCAGAGAGACAGUAUGAGACUAGAGGACAGCACCUACACAGGGCCUUUCUGUGGAAGAGCUCUGGUCCACACUGACUUCACCCCCAGCCCGUAUGAUAUGGAAUCUCUCAAACUGCAGAAAGGAGACAUCAUCCAAAUUAUUGAGAAGCCACCGGUUGGCACUUGGACUGGUAAACUCAACAACAAAGUGGGCUCUUUUAAAUUCAUCUACGUCACGAUAUUACCAGAUGAGGAGACGCCACCAAAGAGGAAACGAUGUCUCAGUCGGAACAAAGCCAAACCAAAAAGCUUAGAGGAAGUUCUACAGAGAAUAGGCUUGACAGAGCUGGGAUCUCUCCUGUCUAUGCAUGGCUUCCAGAAUUUGGAGGACUUCAGUGGUCUGAAGGAGUCCCACCUGAACGAGUUAAACAUUACAGACCCUGAGCAAUGUGCCAAGAUAAUGAAAGCAACAGAACUGCUUCUUGACUCGGAGGACGAAUCGGACUAAGAGGAGAAAAAAACUGAAAUGCCAAGAGACUCAGGCUGUUACGAGAGCACAGAGAACCUGGUGAACGGACGCGACGAGCCUCCGGCGGAUUCUCAGGAAGAGCCAGAGACAGAUCCUGAUAGACCGAUAAAGCUGGAUGAUGUUCAGCAGCAGCUGGAGGAGAUGAAGGUGGAAGAAAGUGCUGAGAGUCAAGCAGAGUGAAGCUGUAACAGAAUUUUACUUUAAUCUUGCUUUUCGGAUGGAUUGAGAGUAAUUGUCAUAUCCACAUGCUGGACUGAAACCCAUGGAACAAAAUUCAUUAUUUUAAUGGCAUUGCCUAUUGAGAGAGAUGGGAGAGAUGGUGUGAAGAUGCUAUCAUUUUAUGGACAUAAUUCUUGUUUAUGUAACACCGUCACUUUUGUGAGGUCAUAAAAACUGAAACCACAAUGAAAAUCUGGGAAUUAACAAAAAGAAUAACAUUUUCAUCAUAUAUUAAACAGGUUAAAUAUACAAUGCAUUUUUUUUCAAUAAAUAGUUUAUGUACUAUUGUAUGUAUGAACCGUUAUUCUCUACUAUCUGAGAAAUGUCAUCUUCGUCCCUUUAUUUGUAGUAAAAGUAGCAUUUUAUAUACAGUACUACUACUAAUUUACAGUUUUCUUUUUUAAGAUGAAUGUACAGUUUAAUAUGCAACAGGUGCACUCAAAAAUAUUUGUUGUGGGACGAAAUGGAAGGAAAAGCACAUUGGUUAGUUUAGUGUACAUGCAUAUUCUUUUGCUAUCCAUUUCAGUUCCUGUUUAUGGUAAUGAUGGUUAUCGUUUGGUCGUGGUGGUCAUUUUGUUGUCACGUUUCAGUUUCU